ACUCCGAGCUCGGAGACGACAGUCGAUUAGACACGAUUCGACUUUUCGACUUUCGACUAUUUAUCUGUGGUAUUUAUAAGUGUGAGGAUUGCGGGUUGUGGACGGCACAAUUUUUUGACGUCUGUAAUAAUGUGACAAUAUUCGGUGCAAAAAGUUAAAAUCGAAAAUUGUAGUGAUUUGCAGAGACACUAUGGCUAUAUUACUUUCCAUUGUGUCUAUUGUCGCUUCCAUAUUUCUAACACCUUUUCUUAUGCUGUUAUUGUGCAUAAUAUUUUUGGCAUCAAUCGGAAAAUCCUUAGGAGUUAGAAGAUUAUAUGUUAAAAUUUUGCUGAUGAUUUUUGAGUAUGGCAGAAAAAACAUUGAAUCGGCACAGAAGCAUAAGAUUCUGGAGAAAAACGAGGAAGACGAUGAAGGCUACAGCGAAGAAAUUUGUCCCAACACUGGUAUAACAGUACCAAAAGAAAUAAAACCCGUAAUUCCUCAUAAUGGCCUGAAAAAUGGAAUGGUUAACGGAGGAAAUACUUUGAUCAGCAGAGACGAAAAACUUAUUUUCAUCCCGGAACCACCCACUAAGUUAAAUAAGGAGGAAGAAAAGCUUUCUGAUGAUGAACUGAAAGAAGGAAAUAACAAGGAAAAAUAUAAGGACUUUGACUUAUCAACAGUAUUCGACUACUUAAAAGUCGGAGUAGAGGCUAUCAUAGAAGACCAAGUAACAUCAAGGUUUGAAACGGAAGAACUGAAGAACUGGAAUUUAUUGAUCCGCACGAACCGGGGAUACGAGUUCAUUUCCUGGAAACUCACCAUAAUAUGGAUGUGUGGCUUUUUCAUCAGAUACUUUUUCCUGUUCCCUUUGAGGGUCAUUAUUUGCUUUGUCGGGGUAUGGUGGCUAACGCUGUGUACGGCCCUGGUGGGAUACGUAAAGCCGGGCGACUUUAAGCAAAAGCUGAACAAAUACGUGUCCAUAAUGUGCUUUGGGAUAUUGUCUAGGGCCAUCUCGGCGGUUGUCACUUAUCACAACGAGGAGAACAAGCCGAAAAGCGGCAUCUGCGUCGCUAACCAUACGUCGCCCAUAGACGUACUCAUCCUGAUGUGUGACAACUGCUACUCGCUGAUCGGCCAACGUCAUGGGGGUUUCUUGGGAUUGUUGCAAAGAGCCUUGGCUAGGGCUUCUCCUCACAUCUGGUUCGAGCGAUCGGAGACGAGAGACAGACAUGCCGUCGCUAAGAGGUUGAAGGAGCACGUGUCCAACCCGAACAACCCGCCGAUCCUCAUCUUCCCCGAGGGCACCUGCAUCAACAACACCUCCGUGAUGCAGUUCAAGAAGGGCAGCUUCGAGGUGGGCAGCGUCAUCUAUCCCGUGGCCAUCAAGUACGACCCGAGGUUCGGCGACGCCUUCUGGAAUAGCAACAGGUACUCCAUGCUGCAGUACCUGUACAUGAUGAUGACCAGCUGGGCCAUCGUCUGCGACGUGUGGUACCUGCCGCCCAUGCACCAGGAAGAGGGAGAGACUGCCAUAGACUUCGCCAACAGGGUCAAGAGCUCCAUCGCUAAGCAGGGCGGACUGGUCGAUUUAGUGUGGGACGGCCAGCUGAAGCGGGUGAAGGCGAAGAAGGAGUGGCGGGAGAGGCAGCAGGAGGAGUUCAGCAAAACGCUGAAGGCAGAGUAGAUCGCCCGCGCGCGACGUCACAUUAGUAUUAUCCCAUUUAUCUAGGCGCUAAGUUUUUAUAAUACAUUGAUUUUCAAUGUGUCACUUUGUUUUUUGCCAAUUUUAAAUCGUUAUCGUUGUCUGAUUUCCCUGAUCCGCAAAUCUAGUCCUCAUCUUUAGUUGAAUCGUGAUAUUUUACGUGAAUCAAUUGGGUGUUUGUUAACAAUGUAUAGUAAGAUAUAAAUGUCCGUAAGCGGGAGUGCUUAUUCACUUCACUGGGUCUGUGUUCAUUUUCUGCGCAUCCGAUCGCCACCUGUAGGGGUUAGCUAGAAAUAAAAACUUUUUUCCAGGGGUUAGAAGCUGCAUCUCCAUUGCGAUUGGCACUUGUUUGGCUGUGAGGUACUGUCGUUAAAAGGGCUCUGUAGCAAAUAGGCAACCGGCGCAAUACAUUUUUAUAGAUUUUAUCACACAGUUUGUCUAAAUAUGAAUCGAUGC